CUGCCUUUCAUUUGAGUGAGGUGCUUGUGAGAGAGGACAGAGGAAGGAAAUGUCACACGCCAUUCGUCGGCUCUUCCUUCUGCUCUGCCUCGGAUCUGCUUUUCCUACCGCGGACGGGAUUUUUAUGGGCAAACUUUCCAGCAAGAAGCGGUGUGCGGAUGAAGACUGUGUAUAUGCCAUUUCUCUUGCAAGAGCCGAAGACGAUUACAAUGCACCAGACUGCAGGUUCAUCAAUAUCCGAAAGGGGCAACUGAUCUAUGUUUAUUCGAAGCUGGUGAAAGAGAAAAAAGCUGGAGAAUUCUGGUUUGGAAAUGUUUACAGAGAAGAAUACGAGGACCAGAUGGGCACCGUGGGUUAUUUCCCCAGGAGUUUAGUCAUGGAGCAGCAAGUCUUUCGGAAAGCAAAGACGACAAUUCCUACAAAGGUCACCGACUUCCUCUGCGAAUAAAAGUUUGCAAUGCCG